AAGAGCCACAUGAUCUGGCAGGGAGACUACAAGAAUGGAGAAAGCAACCCCGGGUUCUCUGGCCUGUCUGAUCACUUGGGAGAAUGUCAAAGCAGGGCAUGCGAUCAUGAUCAUUCAGCUUCAAAUACCCGUUCUUCUGCAGCUCAGAAAGUUUACCAGAUGCUUGGCACAGAUAUGGCCUCAGGAAUCCUCACAUCCAGGCCUCUUCAUCUGUCCUAGGACUGAGCUACUGCCCCUCCCCAGGACUGAUCAGAGCGACUGGACUGGCCAAGCAUCUAUUCAGACCCUCCCACCUUCUGGGCCUGGACAGGGCGGCUGGCUGCAACACUACAGGCCAGCCAAGGAUGGGGGAGGCCAGGCAAUAGAGCAGCUCAGUGGGCGGGGCACAGACCCUGCCCACAGCUCCGUGAUGUCAGCGGGUGCUGGCAGGGAGAGGGGGUCGGCGGCUGUUUUUCUGGAAAGUUAGAGCUGAGUAGACAAAGCCCAGCGCAGUCCCUGCAGGCGCCAUGGAACUGCUGUCCUGUGUCUUGCUGUGGAAACUGGUGCUUCUUCAGAGCCCCGCAUUCAUUCUGUCCUCAGGGCCCGCAGGGACCGCAGCAGCCAGCAGCUCUGUGGUGUCUGAGUCCGUGGUGAAAUGGCCAGCCGGAACCCAGGCGGUGCUGAACUGCCAGAGCCCGCGCAUGGUGUGGACCCAAGACCGGCUGCAUGACCGCCAGCGCGUGAUCCACUGGGACCUCAGUGGUGUCCCUGGCAGCCAAGGGCGCCGACUCGUGGAUAUGUACUCGGCGGGUGAACAGCGCGUGUACGAGCCGCGCGACAACGGCCGCCUCCUGCUGUCGCCUUCUGCCUUCCAAGACGGCAACUUCUCACUGCUCAUCCGCGCUGUUGAGGAGGGCGACGAAGGGGUGUACACCUGCAACUUGCACCACCACUACUGUCACCUCUACGAGAGCCUGGCCGUGCGCCUCGAGGUCACCGACGAUCCCCUGUUAGCUCGUGCGUACUGGGAUGGCGAGAAGGAAGUCAUGGUGGUGGCCCGCGGCAUGCCGGCACUGAUGACUUGCGUGAACCGUGAGCACUUGUGGACUGACCGCCAUUUAGAGGAGGCGCAGCAGGUGGUCCAUUGGGACCGACAGCUACCUGGGGUGCCACACGACCGUGCUGACCGCCUGCUAGAUUUGUACGCAUCUGGUGAGCGCCGCGCCUACGGGCCAUCCUUCCUGCGUGAUCGCGUGGCAGUGAAAGCCGAUGCUUUUGCGCGCGGCGACUUCUCCCUACGCAUAGAUGCCCUGGAGCAGGCUGAUGAGGGCAUCUAUUCCUGCCACCUGCACCACCACUACUGCGGCCUGCACGAGCGCCGGGUCUACCACCUACAGGUCACCGAACCCACUUUUGAGCCACCUGCUCCUGCCUCUCCCGGUAAUGGGUCAGGCCACAACAGUGCUCCUGGCCCAGAUCCCACGCUGGUAAGUAGAUCCCGAGGGCACAGCGUCAUCAACGUCAUUGUCCCAGAGAACCACAGUCAUUUCUUCCAGCAACUGGGCUACGUGUUGGCCACACUUCUGCUCUUCAUCUUGCUGCUCAUCACUGUAGUCUUGGCUACACGCCAUCGUGGAGGAUGCGAGGCCUCAGACAAAAAAGCUGGGAAAUCAAAGGGGAAAGAUGUGAACAUGAUGGAGUUUGCUGUGGCCACAAGGGACCAGGCUCCUUAUAGGACUGAGGACAUCCAGCUAGAUUACAAAAACAACAUCCUGAAAGAGAGGGCUGAGCUGGCCCACAGCCCCCUGCCUGCCAAGAAUGUGGAUCUGGAUAAAGAGUUCAGGAAGGAGUACUGCAAAUAAAUGGAUCCUGAGCUUCUGGCUGGGCCAGCAGCUCUGUGUCAAAGAAUGUCUCCCUGACUCUCCUGUGGCACUCCGGCUUCUUCUCAGCGGCUGGUCCCGCUUGGCCUGAACUUGGCAGAGCAGCUGCCUGAACUUUGUUCUUCCAAGAAUCACCCUCAUCUUGGCAAGCAACUGUGGGUUCCCUAGGGACUCUGGUAUAGUAUGGCUGCUGCCCUUCAAUCACCUGUACCCACUGGUGGCCAUACGCCCAACGUUUUGACACAACAGACAUAGAUCCCUUGUUAAUGUCCACCAAAUUCACAGUCUUUUGUAGAUUCUUCCUGCAAGAAGACACUUAAAGGUAGUCCAGUUAAGACUUCUAGUCACCAGUUCAACAUGUUAGCCAUUGUCUUAGGAAGCCCCCAGGGUCUUCCUGGACUGCACUAUAUCUAUGUAUUGCACAGGGCCCUGUGGUCAUAUGUUCUGACUCAUGGGCCGGCCCUCCUUGCUGCUUUGGGCCACUUGGAGCAGGUCUGUUGCCCCUUUUCUGCUUCUGGUCCCUUUCUGCUGAAUGCCUUCCAAGAGUUGUACCAGCAGUUACUGGGCACCAUGUUACUCUUGGCCUUGAUAUCCCUCCCUUGGCUGGAGUCUGGGAUUGGGGCUCCAUUUGUCCUCCACUUUGGCUGAAGAUGGGGGAAGAGAGUUCUGAGUGGUCUGUGCAUCAAACAGCUCCUACCGGGGAAGUUUUCAUGUCAUAAUAAAGAACACAUUUGAUUUUUA